AUGGAUGAAUAUUUAAGAAAACUCAAAUGGACAGUACCAAAUGAAAUGUUAGUAUUGAAAAACAUGUUCCUUGACAAAAUAAAACCAACUACAGAAAUAAAUGACGCAAGACUGAAACAUUGGGUAAAAGCUUUCCCAUUCACAAAAGAUAUUAUUGGUAACAUGGAAAGAAAACCAGAAUGGCUACAAAAACAUAUAUUUGGAAACGAGCUUAUUCCAUAUGGACAAGCUCUUCAAACAGAGCUUGAACCGGAAACUCAGGAAAGAGUCAUGCAAACAAUACGCGAAGACUCAAAUACAAACUAUGACAAAAUCUUUCUAGGAUAUAGGUUACCUGAGAUGGGCGACCAGAGCCCAAAGGCAAAAAGGACAUGGGAAAUUUACAACAUACUAGGUGAACAUGAGGCAAAGAUGCAACAACUUGAAGCAGAGGGCAAGUUACCAAAAGCGACACCAAAGAAGAAGAGUAGAACAAAGUGA